CCCACACCUCCCCGGUACAUUCCUCACCCACUUCCCGUGAUGAUGUGUGCUGGCGCUCAAAUACUUGCGUCCUAUGUGUAGUUUAGGCCACGGGCCUCCCUGCCCGAUACCAACCGCCGUCGUCCUUGCUCCUCCCGCCGAAUCGAACUGAACCGAAUAUCCCUCCUCAUGUCCGCCCAACCCAACGGCCCGUCCUCCCCACCGGUGGAGACCGGGCAGAGCACACCCGAGGACAUACUCCCCGGGGAUCACUGGACGCAGCAGCCGAUCGCGCCGGCAGAUGACAAUGACGCGGACUCGUCCUACGAUUCGGAUCUCGCCAGCUCGACGAACUCGCUGACGACGAGCAUCAUGGCGUACCGGACCAUCCAGGGCAGGACGUACCAUAGCGAUCGGACGCCGGGCGAGUACUGGGGCCCGAAUGAUGCGCGGCAGAACGAGUGCAUGGAUAUCAUCCACCAUGGUUUGACGCUUAUGCUGGACGGUGACCUUUUCAGGGCGCCGCUGGACAUGAAUAACGUUAAGAAGGUGCUGGAUAUUGGAACGGGAACAGGAAUAUGGGCGAUCGACUUCGCGGACCAGUACCCAGGGGUCGAGGUGAUCGGCACGGACCUCUCACCGAUCCAGCCCGGCUGGGUCCCGCCGAACCUGCAGUUCGAGAUGGAGGACGCGACGCAGGCGUGGACGUUUAAGGAAGACAGCUUCGACUUUGUGCACAUCCGCUACAUGUUCGGCUCGGUGGUCGACUGGGACGCGCUCUUUGCGCAGGCGUACCGCGUGCUCCGCCCUGGCGGUUACAUCGAGUCCCUCGAGGCCGACGCCCGCAUGUACGCCACCGAUGGUACGGUCCUUGACGGCUCGCCGCUGGAUCAGUGGGGGAAGGUGUUCCGCGAGGGGGGGAAGAAGUUUGGGAGGUCGUUUAUGGUUGUUAGCGAGGACUUGCAGCGUAAGGGGCUGGAGUCGGCCGGGUUUGUGAAGCUCGUCCAGCACGACAUGAAGACCCCCAUCACAGCCUGGGCCGGCGACAAGAAAAAUCACGAAAUUGGAGCGUACAACCACCUCUCACUCGAGAAGGACCUGGAGGGUUUGAUCCUGUACAUGUUCAAGGAAGUCAUGGGCUGGUCGACGAUUGAAAUUCACGCCUACGUUGCGCAUUUACGCCGUCAGCUUCGCGACAAGAGCGUGCACCCCGUUGCUGACUUGCGGCUGAUAUAUGCGCAAAAGCCGCUAGAUGCGCCUGUGUCGUGAUUGAGGGAACACGACCGUUGAUGGGUGUGGAAUCAGCGCGGGUAACAUGAAGGUAAUAUACCUCGCUCUGUUGAGGAAAUCUGAGGAAAAGGGAAGAGGAAUGCCGCACCAUGCUCGUUUUGUACAGCCGCAUCCAAGAAGAGGGUGCUCGCGGUUAAUGGGACAUACCGCAGACAUGUUCAUACACAGGAGGUGAUUUUGAAACGCGAAGGGUUGGACGUCGUCAGAUGUGCCGACCGGGAAUGUCGAACAAGAUUUGAGACGAGGUAAUUGACUCUUUCAAUUUUGUGGAAUGGCAAUUCUCCCUCCAAUGGAAGGAGCGGCGCGCAGUCAUCUGAAUUGGAGCUUGUUCGUCGUCGUUUGAUGUCGAACAACAAAAAGCUCGGACUUGAUCUGGA